AUGUCUUUGUUUGGUUCUUCGCCGGAGGAGGCUGCGCCCAUCAGCACCUCCAAGUCUCGCAAUACGCUCUUCGACGACGAUGACAGCAACAGCGCAGCGUCCCGAUCCAAGUCCUCUUUGUUCGCUGACGAUGAUGCUCAGGGAGCCUGGGGCAUGCCGACGCCCAAGAGGGGGAGGGCUGCGCGGGGAGACUUGGUCAAGGGCCUUCUCGACGGGGCACAGGUGCCGGAUAGCUAUGUUGACACAUUCGAUAACCUGCUGAAGAGCGAUGGCAGUUCAGGCAAGAUCAGCCCUGCGGGAGUUGCGAAGGCUUUGAGUGCUGGAUAUCUCUCUGCCGAUGCACAGAGUCGCAUCAUGAGCUUGGUGACCUCGGGAGGCCAACUCUCGGAUCUGAAUCGGAACGAGUUUAAUGUUUUGCUGGCCUUGAUCGGUCUGGCGCAAGAAAAGGAAGAUAUCACGCUGGAUGGGGUGGAUGAACGGCGACGCGGUUAGUUGAGCCCAGUGCCAGUGCCAGUGCCAGUGCCAGUCCCGACUCUUUCUCACUAUUCAUACCCUGGCUGGUUGUCUUCGCUUGCCUAUGGAUCAAUUUACUGAUAAGAGCUCUCCAGAUUUACCUGUGCCCAAGCUCCCAAGUUUGUCAACAGUAUCGACGACAUUUCCAGACGCCUCCGAACUCGCUGCAAACCCUCCUCAACGAGCCGUCUCACCUCCGCUGCCCUCAGUCACCGCAUCAAUCACGCAGCCAAAACCAAAAACACCGAGAAAGCCUUCGAUGGACUUCCCAGAUGCCGAUCCAUGGGGGAGCCCGGCUCUACACAAAGAACACAACCACGAUGCAAAUCCACCCAAGGCGAACGGGUCCUUACCGCGCGCUAUAAACAAUGGAUCGCACGCCCCUUCCCGGACUACAAGUACCUUUACUACUGCAACCAGUGAUCCUCCCAACGGAGCAUCUAGUCAAACCCUACCAGAUGAACCAACGACCCCAGCAGCAGGAGUGUGGGGCUCAUAUGAUGGCGUAGGUACAUCUAGUACAUCCUUUGGAAACCCAGCGCAGCCCGAAACCAGGGCUCUGGGAUUUGACGGGACUGGAGAUAGCACCAAUCGCCCAACGGAAACUACUCCCAGUCGUUCUUUUGGGGGAGGUCGUAUAAGUUCCGGGGGCGUGGAGGAGAACAUAGUAAUUACACUGCUGCCGGAGAAAGAGGGCAUGUUCCUUUUUCAGCAUCACAAUUAUCAAGUUGUCAGUCAGCGAAGAGGAAGCAAGGUGGUGAGAAGAUAUAGUGAUUUUGUCUGGCUUCUGGAUUGUUUACACAAGCGAUAUCCUUUUCGCCAACUACCACUACUUCCACCAAAAAGAGUUGGAGGUAUGUAAAUUUUAUUUAUCCUCGGGCGAGGCACCCCUCAUCGGACACGGCCUUGCAGAUGACCAUGUAUUCCUGCAUUGAGCCUGUUGUUCUCCAGCAUCCAUGUCUCAUUCCUAAUCUUGGGCAUCAUUUUUCUCUGAACGAAAGGACUGCUUUCAUAUUUCAAAUACCUCCGUUCAUUUUAAACUGUCAUUGGCAGAUAAGCUCUCAGUUUCGCGAGUUAUAGUGGCUUACUUACCAAUGCUGACUUGCUCAUUUUAGUCAAUGGCAGCCAUCUCGCCGCUGAUAACACAUUCAUAGAAAAGCGAAGGAGAGGGCUAGCGAGAUUUUCCAAUGCGCUUGUUCGACAUCCAGUGCUAAGUCAGGAACAAGUAGAUUUUCUCCUGCUCUGAUCUCUAGCCUGAGAGCCUGGCUAAUAUGCUUCUAGUUGGUAAUCAUGUUUUUGACAGUCCCAACUGUAAGCUAUUAUUCAUAAUUUUCUUAGGAGACUUAUUGUGGCUAAAAUAAAGCUAAUUAGUACCAGGAGCUUGCUGUAUGGCGAAAGCAAGCCACCAUCUCAGUUCAAGAGGAAUUUGCUGGCAAGGUACUGCCUCCUGGACUUGAAGACUCACUGCCGCCAACUCUCAAUGAACUUUUUGAUACCAGCCGUACCGGUAUUCGUCGAUCCGCUGAAAUUUACAUCAAUUUGUGUAAUCUGGUUGACAGACUUGCAAAAAGAAACGAGGGGCUUGCUGCUGAUCAGCUACGGCUCUCACUAUCCUUACAGUCUCUUACCGAUGUAUCCCAAGAUACAUAUGCAACCGAUAACAAUGAUGUCCCGCUUCUUAAUGGCGGACUUCAGUCAAUGGCCAAGCACCUUUCCAAUAGCCAAAGCCUUCUUGAAGAUGAGGCCCAGGCUUGGGACCAAGGAGUUUUGGAGGAUUUCAAAAGGUAAAUCACCUGUUCUCAAAAGAAGCCACGCUUGAAGGACACUACCUUUAUGCUAAAAGAAGGAUCAGUCACUAAUUUGGAUUUUCGCGCAGGCAAAGAGAUACCUUAGUUAGCAUGAGGGAUAUGUUCGAUCGCCGGGACCGCUACGAUAAGGACAAUAUCCCAUACUUGGAAAGACGAAUACAAAGCAAUGAAACUAAGCUUGUUGCUAUCCGUGCAAAACCAGAUGAGUUGAUCAAACCAGGGGAGAUUGAAAAGGUCACUGAGGCUAUCAUCAAGGUAAGUUGGUAUGGGACUGGAUAUCGAAAAUUUACUAAAACUCAUCUCAGGAUAAACAAUCUAUUGUUGCUCAGCACGCACGUGGGGUUUUCGUUAAGGAGUGUAUAAGAGACGAGCUUGUCAAUUUCCAGUCAUCACAAUACCAUGUGAGCCGAAUGUGUCAAGAUUGGUCGCAAGAACGAGUCAAAUACUCGGAGUUGCAAGCUGAUAAUUGGAAACAACUGCAAGAAGAGGCUGAAUCUAUGCCUGUGGGGGAAUGAGGCUAUGAUUAAGAGUAAAGGGGAUGGUAAUUAAUUUCAUUUGGUUCUUGUCCAAGAAUCAGUAAAUAGUUUGUUUUGGGGGGUAUGGGAGGGUAAGCGAUGGGUGGGAAUGAGCGACAUGUUAAUUUGAAAGGAAGCAGGCUUCUAGGCUGGGGCAGCAUAUGUAACAUAAUCAGGCAGAAGGAAGCUCAGAUGAAUC